GAUAGCGAGCCAAGUGAGAAAGAACGCCUUGGAUUAUCUUCGCAAUAAUCGAAAUUGUACCCAUAUUAGUGGAGUUGGAUACAGUGGUGGUGCCCUCCCACGUCAGUCCUAUUCUUCAGUAAUACCUAGAUCAGUUACAAGACACACGCUAACUUCUCUAGUCAUGAAUUUAAUCCAAGAGAACCCCUGCCGUAUCGAAGCUGCUUUUAUAGCUCAUCCUGGACGUCUGCAAACAUCAGCAUAUGGAACGCUUCAAGUACCACUAUCUCUUGCUCAGGCAUGGGACGAUCGAUCAGUCGACGUACGAACUCGCCACGAACAAGAUAAGGCACUCAUCGAAAUGGUUAAGUCAACCAGCGCAGAAAAAGACGCUAUCCAGUCUGGCAAGUUGCAACCAAGAGUUCCUUGGCAAAUGAACUUGUUCUCGGGUGUAGAAUAUGCAUUUGCUGUUAGAUUACCAAGUAAAGGUCGAAUGACUAGAGACGAAAUUUACGCAAAGCGAGCUGCCUUCUUUCAAGCAGUAAUGUGGUUCGAGACCUAUAUGCCAGUCGGCGAUAAAAAGUUGAAGUACGACGUCUGAUAGUUGAAGAGUGAGACACAUAGACGCUUGUCAAUCCCUUUCAAAAUUUCUGCCACGGUAUUUUUUAAGAAAUAUCUAGAGGUUCAAUUCUAUCUAAAUAUGUUCA